UGCUAUACAGUAAUUCAGAAGCCUAAAUCGUCCCGUUCAGACAAUGAAGCCAUGUUCAUUAUCAGGCCCUUUAGGUAUCCCGAGUUAGCAACUGUGUGCAGAAAUCCCAGUACUCUAGUUUUGUAUCCUGGAGCUGAAGCAAGCAAUUUGGAAGAAGUUGCUGUGAUAUCUUCUAGUCCAUCUGUUUUGAUCAUCAUCGAUGGAACAUGGAGUCAGGCUAAAGAUAUGUUUUACAAAAAUUCUCUCUUCCGGCUUCCCAAGCAGGUGCAGUUAAAAACCAAUAUUUCGAGUCAAUAUGUCAUUCGUACACAGCCAACAAACACCUGUCUGUCUACACUUGAAUGUGCAGCUGUUGCUCUUACUAUCAUGGAAAAAAAUAUGAGUAUACAAGAGACUAUACUCCGUCCACUUCAAGCUUUAUGCUCUUUCCAGCUUCAGCAUGGUGCCCAGAUCCAUCACAGCAAGGAGCAUCUUCUCAAAAAUGGCUUAUAUGACAAGCCAAUGCCAAAAAAUAAGCGCAAACUCAGAAGAAUGGAGCUUUUGGUGAAUAAUGUUAAAAUAUAA